AUGCCAGAGAGCCGAUAUGAUGUCUCAGUGAAUUUUGUGCGAAUACUGUCAAAUCGGAGGGAACGGAUACACAGGAGUAUAUGUCAUAACGUCAUAACGGGCACAUUAUUUCUAAAAUAACAACUAAUGGCUCCUUGCUCAUAUGUAAUAGUUGGUGGUGGUGUUGCUGCUGUAUCAUGUGUGGAGGAAUUACGAGCUGUGGAUGACAAGGCUCGAAUUAUCGUCGUAUCCAGCAGUCAACUAAUUAAAACUGUUGUCAACCAACAAAAAAUUGGCCAGUUGACGGAAUUAUUUGAUAUCGCUGAGCAACCAGUGACAAGUGUCUUUGCCGGUCUUGAUGUUACAUUCCUGAAAGCAACCGUAACUCAUUGGAACUGGAAGGAGAAAGAACUUUUACUGGAUAAUGAUCAGAGAAUUACCUACGACAAGCUGUGUAUAGCUACCGGAGGCCGGCCAAAAGCAAAGUUUCAACAUGCAUUAUCCAUUUCAAUCAGAGACACAGAAACAGUGGAUCGUUUGAGGACUCGAAUUAAGGAUGCAAAACGAGUAUUGGUAAUUGGAAAUGGCGGUAUUGCGACUGAAAUUGUGCAUGAGUUGAAAAAUAUCGAAAUUAUCUGGGCGAUACGCCAUUCUUCAAUCUCGGCAACAUUUUUCGAUGAGGGGGCUGCUGAGUUUUUUAAACCAAUGCUCAUAAAUGGCUGGAGAAAAGGACAAUCAAAGAAUACAACAUCGAAUAGAUAUCGGUUUACCGUAGAUAAUGAAAAAGAAAGUGAUGUAAUGGGUUGUGCACUUGGACCUGAAUGGGCAUCAACAGCCGAUAUCUCCGGAGCGCUUUCCGAUCGACGAGUGCAUGUAAUCUAUGAAGUCGAACUGAAAGGAUUCGUAUCCCAGGAUACUGCACAUAAUGCUAUUGUUCAGAAAGAUUGUCUUAAUUUUUCUAGUGGUGUAUGGCCUUUAUAUGUUGAAUUAACCAGUGGAGCGAUAAUUGGAUGCGACUUGAUGAUUGAGGCUACUGGAGUGCAGCCGAAUUCUGAUCUCUGGGCUCGCGAUUGUCAUCUGUUGAAUUUGGCAAAUGACGGAGGAAUAAUUGUAGACGAACAUAUGCUAUCAUCGGUUCAAGAUGUGUACGCAUGUGGCGAUGUAUGUACCGCAGGUUGGCCUUGGGCAAAACAUUGGAUGCAGAUGAGAUUGUGGACACAAGCACGCCAGAUGGGUGCAUACUGCGGUCGUGCAAUGGUAUUUGAAAAUGCAGUUUCACUUGAUUUCUGUUUCGAGAUGUUCACCCACGUGACGUCUUUCUUCGGAUUCAAGGUAAUAUUUCUGGGCCGCUUUAACGGUGAAGACGUAGAAAAACCAUUUCACGUAUUACUGCGUAUUACAAGGGACGUCGAAUAUGUGAAACUCAUCAUUACUAAUGGACGUAUACAAGGUGCAGUGCUAGUUGGUGAAACGGAUCUAGAAGAGACGAUUGAAAACCUUAUUUUGAAUCAAAUUGACAUCAGUCAAGUGGAAGAAGGUCUUCUGGAUCCAGACAUUGAAAUCGCUGAUUAUUUUGAUUGAUUUUUUAAAAUUAUAUUGGAUAAAAUUG